AUGGAAACCCGCGAGGACUCGCUCGCGGCAGUCCAGACAGUUUCCUCCGCGGUUCAUGGAAGUACCGUCACCCAACGGAGGAGCCCGGUUUCGUUUAAAGUUUACAAGAGGAGGUGGUUGGUUCUGCUGGUGCUGUGUUUGUUAAACUGCUCCAACGCCACGAUAUGGCUCUCAUUUGCACCUGUGGCAGCCCAGUCAGCCCAGUACCUGAGAGUCUCUCUGGAGGACAUCAACUGGCUGUCGGUGGUCUUCAUGGUGGUUGCUAUACCCCUCAGCUUUGGGACCACGUGGCUGUUGGACACGUUUGGCUUACGGAUCACGCUGGUCCUGGGAGCCUGGCUGAACAUGCUCGGAGCGCUGCUGCGCUUCCUCGGCACGUCGAAGCUGCACGGUUCUGACCUCUUGUUCCUGGUGGUGAUGUUGGGCCAGACUCUCAGCGCCCUCGCUCAGCCGCUGAUCAUUUUCACCCCCACUAAACUGGCGGCGCUGUGGUUCCCCGAGCAUCAGCGCGCGUCGGCCAAUAUGCUCGCCUCCAUGUCGAACCCCGUGGGCAUCCUCAUCGCCAACCUCAUCUCUCCUGCGAUCGCCAAAACACCGACCCAAAUCCCCACGCUGAUGCAGGCCUAUGCGGUCCCGUCCUUCAUCGUGUGUUUCCUCGCAUCACUGGGGGUUCUGAGCAGCCGACCCCCGACCCCACCGUCAGCCAGCGCAGAGACCUCCGGGUCAGAGCCGUUCAUGCAGGGAAUCAAACUGUUACUGAGGAACAAAGCCUACCUCGUCCUGCUGCUGUGCUUCGGCUCGGGCAUGGCCGUCUUCACCUGCUUCACCACGCUGCUGGAGCAGAUCCUGUGUGUGCAGGGAUACACCGCCGAAUUCACCGGCUUUUGCGGCGCUCUGUUCAUCGGCGUCGGGGUCGUCGGCGCCGUGCCCUUCGGCCUCUACGUGGACAAAACGAAGAAGUUCAUCGAAGUGGCAAAGAUCAACCUGAGCCUCACCGCUCUGGCGUGCGUCGCCUUCUCAGUGGUGUGUCUGAUGCCGCAGCAGAAAGCCGCCGUCGCAGUCGUCUGCUCUCUGUUCGGAUGUUUCGGUUUCUCCAUCUACCCCGUGCUCAUGGAGCUCUCAGUGGAGUGCUCGUACCCGGUCGGAGAGGCCACGUCGGCCGGACUCGCCUUCGUGUCGGGGCAGGUGCAGUCAUUCGUUUACAUCCUGGUACUUCAGGCUUUGACCACACGGCUCACCGACUCUCCUCUGUCCACCUGCGGGGACGACGUCUUCAGCUGGAAAGUGCCGAUGAUGGUGAUGGCGGGACUGAGCUGCUUCUUCACCUGCGUCUUCGUCACCUUCUUCAACACUCGCUACAGACGCCUGGAGGUCGAGGAGCGAGCGGCGUGCCGGCCCGCGGGCCCAAACGAGCCCGUUGCUGCAAGCAGCUCGAGUCUGAAUGAGAAAACCUUACAGGACGUCAGGACUCAUAAAUAA